GGAAGCCGUCGGCCUAGCUUUCCUGUCAAUAGCAAGUGUAUCUCCUGUUUCACACUUUCCGGCGACAAAAUCUUUAAAAUCCGCUCGAUUCCGGUCACACUCCGUAUAUGUUAUAAUCACAGAUACAUACACGUUGUGAGCGGAUGAACUGAGAACCUGAAAUAUGGGGGCUACAGGCUCGAAACUGGAGAAAGCUUUGGGAGAUCAGUUCCCGGAAGGAGAGAGAUACUUUGGUCUUGAGAAUUUCGGAAAUACCUGCUAUUGUAACAGUGUCCUUCAGCAAGAGCAAUGGACAAUCCCACAUAUUUUAGAGGAGAAGCUUUAUUUGUUCAAGAUACUUUUGGUAUACGGAUAGACGGAUAGUCCUCCUGAUGUGUUGCGGGACAUUUUUGUGGUUGUUGUAUACGGUACAAUGAGCUUUUAUUUAUGCAAACACUACGUUAGUUACUUUCCGUAUACAAUCUUUACAAACAGUGGUUUUAGGCUAAGUUAGCCAUAUGUAAAUCCAAAUUCCAUGAAUCUAUUAGAUGAAAAACGUAAAUAGUCCAAACAGUAAACGUAGAUGAAACCCCAUUGAUCUGCGUAUCCUAUUUUGUCAUGAAGAUUUUAAAUCAUUUCUUAGGAGUCCUUCUCACAUGUUAUGUCCCAUAGAGGUAUUUGAGAUGAGAGAGCAUUAUGAACUCUUAAUUUCAUUGCUCACCAGCUAUGUUACUCUUGAAUUUCUCUAGUAUAUGGCUUUCCAUUUCCACUGCAUUAAUGUUUUGGUUUAAAUUCAUCAAAAACUUGGACUGUUUGAAUGUCUGGUAUGAUGAUGAUGCUGCGAUCGCGAUCUCCCUCUCGCUUGGAACUACUCGUUCAUCGCGGCUACAUUUCCAACGAUGUUUUCCAUCAUCGUUCUCAUCUCAGUGAUGCUUCGUUCCAUCGCUGCAUUAUGUCGUUCAAUGGCUUCCACUCUAUUCUCCAUCUUAGAUCUCGUCCAGACCAUUCACAGCUGAAACGGAGGAAUUUUCUGAUUCCGCGUAACUAUUCUGAUCACCAGUACGAUCACCAGAAACGCAUGCUCUGAUACCAAUGAUAGAACACUGGUAAUUCCGACUCAGAACACAGUAGAAUCAAUAGGAAAUUCUCAAGAAAAACAAGAUCAAGAAGAGUUUAUUGAUGUAGGAGAAAUGUACAAAAGGUAAUACAAUGCAUAGGACUAUUCGAGAUGCCCAGUCUCCAAAGUCUAAGUCCAACCGAAUAACAGCCUAACCUCCACCAGCUGCUUAACCUUCUAUUUAUAGCUAAUAUCCACGCAGGGAUGUACAAGAUAUUAACCAACAGAUUAGUUAACUAACUAACUGUUUUAUUAUUUCUCCUAUCAUAGACAUUUCUAAAAUACUUAAUAGGCUGCUCAUCCGAGUGCCUAUCACACCGCUCCCUCCCAUGGUUGUCAUGGCGGUAUGGAGCGGCACCAGCCAACCACCUUAUCACCUAGGCAACUAGUCACAUCAUAUGUGACAUUUAAAUAUAUAAAAUAAUACAUUUAAAUAUGCUUAAGUUGUGAUAUAUUACAUUAUUACAAAUUAAACUAUAUAUGACUUGGUUACUCCGUACAAAUUAAGUUAUAUAUUACAUAGAGUUGAAACCAACAAUUUAUAAUUCAAAAGUCAAAACAAGGUUUAGUAAUUUAAUACAUAAGUAAAAAUAUUCAUCUCAAAUAAACAAUAAAAAUAUUCUAAAAUUUAACCUCAUGUACUCCAACCUGCUCCUUUUCUUUGUAUGAAUCUAUUUUUUAAACAUAUUUACAUUUGGUUAGGAUUUUAAUUUAAUAAGUGAAAAGUUUUUGUAAUUUUACUUUUGGUUUGUACUUAUGUACUUAAAGAGAAGAUAUAUAUGAAUUUUCUUCGAUCAUCGUAUCUUUUUCUCAAUGCAGGCUCUGUAUUUCUGUGUUCCAUUUCGGGAACAGCUACUAGAGUACUAUUCAAAUAACAAAAACCUUGCUGAUGCAGAUGAAAGUCUCUUAACAUGCCUGGCGGACUUAUUUAUGCAGAUUAGCUCACAAAAGAAGAAAACAGGUGUGAUUGCUCCUAGACGCUUUGUACACAAAUUGAAGAAGCAGAAUGAGAUUUUUCGGAGUUAUAUGCAUCAGGAUGCCCAUGAAUUCCUGAACUAUUUGCUGAAUGAACUUGUUGACAUACUGGAAAAAGAGUCAAAUGCUGCCAAGAGUGGUCAAGAAACUUCACUACCAUCUGAGAACAUUGCAAAUGGACCAAAGGCCAUCCAUGUAAACAAUCACAUAAAUUUUUCUCAUAAGGAGCCUCUUGUGACCUGGGUUCACAAAAACUUCCAGGUAGACUUGCGUGGCCUAUUAUCAAUUCUUACUUUUCGGUGCUGCUUCUAAUUAUUGAAGCCUGGCCUAAUCGCUGGAAAUUUAGUUUUUGCAUAGGAACAUUUUGAGUAAUUUUGAUGGCCAUUCUUUUAUUUUUUUUUUAUUUUUUAUUGCUGGAGUUGUAGUUUUUCCAUCAUUUGCAAUGGAGCCAAAGAUUCAUUAUUUUUUGGCUUGAGAUUAUGAUGGAAUAAAGCAAAAUGUCUCACUAAAUGAUAGGACCCCGGCUAUUAUAAAUAAUAAGAAUAGAUAUGGCUUAGUCUAUUCUAGAAAGAAGUAGUUUAUCUGUUUUUGGCUGGCGGAUAGUUGUUAUGAACUAUUGACUACUUAUAGUUAGGGAGUUGGGACUAUAAAUAGAAUAAACCAGUUAGAAGUUAGGCAGGCUGUUAGAUGCUUGGCUUGGGACUGGGAAGUUAGAGUUCUAUCUCUAGCUUUGGGACUACUGUACUGUGUACCGCCAUUAAUGAAGUUUGGAGUUGUUUUCUAUUCCGUUUUACUUGUGAAUUGCGAACUCUAGAAGAAAUUAAUAGUUGCUUGUCCUCGGAAAUAUUUUCAUCACUGGACGGUAUCAUGUCAAGCUCACUAACUGCACGGUCAUGUGUGGGAUCAGAUCUCAUCUCAUCAUUUACAGUUCGAGUGAAUUCUCCGACAUCAUUAGCAAUUCCCCCGGUUACCGCCUCCAAAUGGUGGUUCAGGAAUAUCAUAAACUGUCGGUGCUUCUUUAGGAGCCACACUGAGAUCAGUGUGUUGAGGAAAUUUAACAGGGGGCUGCAGGGGCAUCCAAAAAGGAGUUAAUCAGGGCUGUGAGGGAACCAACAGAGGCACCAACUUCAUUAUUAGGUCUCAAGGAGCUUGCACAAGGAUCUGGAACCGCACCAACAUUAGCCAAAACAGACGCAACACAAGGACCAGCCUCAAUUGCAGGGGCACAUGAAGCACCAAGAGAUGUAAGAGAGGCUGCCUGGUCAUCAUUAACUGGUACAAAGGCUUCCUGAGCAUAAAAAACAGGGAAAAUAUGGGCAGUGAGGACACCAGCCGAGGCACCAACAUCUGGUAUAGCAAAAUCGCUGUCAGCAAAUUCAAUAUCAUUGGAAGGGGCUGUUAUUGGGGACUGAACAGAAAAAAUUUCAGUAACAUUGGAACAAAAAACUGGUUGAGCAUCAAGGAAGCUAACAUCUUUAGAGGGGGGGGGGGGGGUUCUGGUAUUGCCAGACGGGGCACGUUGGCAUUUACAAGCAUAGGGGCAGCAGGGAAAUUCUCAAGCAUAGGGACAACAUUAAAAUUAUCAAGCACAUGGGCAAGAUUAUCAGAUAUAUGUGAGAAAAAGAAGUUUGAGGAUGCAGCAUAAGCGAAAAACACAAGCAGAUACUGUGAUAAAAAGAAAAGGAAGGAUAAACAAGGAAAAAAAGUAGCAACUGCAACCAUAUACAGGCUAUGCAGGACUUGAACCUGCAUCUUUGUGCAUAUUUGCACAUUGCUCUACCAUUUGAGCUAAUAGCCUUGAUAAUAUAUUAUACUAGACACCAAAAAGAGCAUUUAACAUCACGAAAAAAAUAAAAAAGAAGAGAAUGAUCAAUAAUGUAAUCAAGAGCUAACAAUAACUUGUAAAAGAAUGAGUGCAAUAUUUUAAUAUUGAAUAACCUCUUAACUCAAAACUGAAGAUUAUUGUUUACACAUUAAGAUUCACUAUCAAGGCAAAACUUUUACUCAAAAUAAUAUAACUAUUAAUUCAAAAAGACAUAACUUUUAUUUCGAAUUCAUAGUUGAUCAUUUGCAUUAGAAAUAAAGGACAUGCUGCCAAAGUUGAAAGUAAAUCCAAAAGGUUGUAGUUGAGAAUGACCUGGUAAUUACUGAACUCUGCCCCUUUCUUCAUGGUCAAAACCAUAAAUCAUAUAAGAAGAAUUAUCACCUAGAAGAUACAAUAAUCCAUUAGUACACAAUGAUCUCAACCCCUGGAUGGCAAAACAUUGGAAAACAAACUAAAGCACCCCUAGUACCAUUCAAUUUGGAAGCUCUUCUUUUGAGUUCUUAAAUCAAUUGUUUGGGUUUCCUAAAUCAAUCCAAAGGACAUAAUAAAUUUAAAUCAGUGAUUUAAAUUUGAGGUUCUCUGUCAACACACAACUAACUUCUAGUCAAAUAACUAUAACUAUUAACUUAAAAGACAUAACUUUUAUUAAAAACUCAUAUGAGAUCUAAAGUUUAGAACAUCAAACUUUAACAUAAAUGUAAAUUUAAGAGGAUAAAAGUAUAACUGAAUAGACAAAGAUUCAACAAGAAAUUAGUCAAUGAGUUUCAUUUGUUAUUCAUAAAUUUAUACUCUACACUGAAAUGAAUCCCAUUACCGUUUACACAUUUUAUCAAACACUUGAUAUGCAUAACUAGAAUUCAUUAUUUAUUUAGGAUAUUAAACCUCAAUAAAGAAUAGGCUACAAUGAAAUAUCUUUUAUUAAUGUGCAACAUAAUAUAUAGAUUCGAUUCAGAUGUGACAACAAAUCAAGAAGAAAAAGUAUGAAACAAAACUUUUGCAGAUAAGAGAAGAGUUUAGUACUUCAAUUAGGGAAAAAAUAAGUUGAUUCAGAGCUUCGAUCUCUCUAUAGUCAAUCAUCAUCACUAGGAAUUGGUCUUGUAUGGCGCUGCACCUCACUAGACGCACUAGGUGAUAGAUCGAAAUGGACAAGGAAGGGCGAACGAUCGUUGUCACUUAAACGCUGGUGAUCUUCCUCCGCGAGCGGCUAUUCAUAGCCGGAGAACUCGACAAUAACUCAUCGUUAACUUCCUGGAAUGAAUCCGCCUAGGGGGUCGCCAUCACAACAUGAUUGGUUUGAAGAAGGAGAUCGGGAGAAGCUCAGAAGCGGUGAGAAGAAAGAGAAUGAUACAGAUGAGCGGAAUAUUUUUAUUUAAAGGGCAGAGGUUUUACGGAUCUAAUAAAGGUAUGAAGUUAACACAAAUUACAACUAUGCCAUUAAUGAGACCACUGCAUCUAAGUAAAUCGAACGGCUCAUAACCCUUCUCAUUUUUCAGCCGAAAGGUCACUUCUCACCGGAUCCUUUUUCUAUAUAUAUAUAUAUAUAUAUAUAUAUAUAUAUAUAUAUAUAUAUAUAUAGGUUUUGGUUCAAAUAAGAACAUGAUCUUAUGAGAAAAAUGAGAAUGAAUCUGGACCGUUAGAUUUGCUUUAUGUGAAAUUCAAUGUGCAUUGGAUGAAUCUGUAAUGUGUAUUAGGUGAAAUUGAAAUGUGCAGCACAAAUGGUACAAUGUAGUGACAUUAUGUGAAGUUAAAUUGUGCAUUAGGUGAAUUUGAAAUGUGCACUAGAUGAAACUAAAAUGUGCAGAAUAAAAGGUGCGAUGUGAUGUUAUUUUUGUACCUUUUAUUCUGCACAUUUCAGUUUCACCUCAUGCACAUCUGAGUUUAAAUUUUAAUUAUGCACAUUUCAAUAUCAUCUAAUGCACAUUUCGGUUUCACCAAAUGCACAAUUCAGUUCCACAUAAUUCAAUCCAACGGUCCAGAUUCGUUCUCAUUUCUCUCCUAAGAUCCGUUCUUACCGGAACCACUCCCUAUAUAUAUAUAUAUUAUAUAUAUAUAUAGAAAAAGGAUCCGGUGAGAAGUGACCUUUCGGCUGAAAAAAUGAGAAGUGGUCUUCCCGUACAAAGUGCAAAGUUUUCACAUUUUCAUAUUUCGCUUGCAAUUUUUCUUAUUUCGCUUGCAUUUUCAUAUAUAUAUGGAGCGGUUCCGGUAAGAACGGAUUCCUAGGAGAGAAAUAAGAACGAAUCUGGACCGCUGAAUUGUAUUAUGUGGAACAGAAAUGUGCAUUUGAUGAAACUGAAAUGUGUAUUACAUGAUACUGAAAUGUAAAGAAUUAAAAUUUAAAAUCAAUUGUGCAUUUGGUGAAACUGAAAUGUGCUAAAUAAAUUGUACAAAAUUAACAUCACAUCGUAUCUUUUAUUCUGCACAUUUCAGUUUCACCUAGUACACAUUUCAAUUUCACCUAAUGCACAACUCAGUUUCACUUAAUGACAUUGUAUCAUACGCUUCGUGUUGCACAUUUCAAUUUCACCUAAUGCACAUUACAAUUUCAUUUAAUGCACAUUGAAUUUCACUUAAAGCAAAUCUAACGGUCUAGAUUCGCUUCUUUCCUAAGAUCAUGUUCUUAUUUGAACCAGAACCUAUAUAUGUAUAUAUAUAUAUAUACAUAUAUAUAUAUAUAUAUAUAUAUAGGGAAGAGUUCAAAUGAAAAGUGGUCUUCCCGUGCAAAGUGCAAAGUUUUCACUUUUUCAUGUUUCGCUUGCACUUUUUGUUGUUUGCGUUGCACUUUUUGGCCAUUUUGAUUUUAGCCAAAUUCGACCAAAAUGACAGUGGUAGUUUUGUAAAUAAACCAAUUUUUUUGAGCUAUCGCGAAAAAGUGCAACGAAAGCAAGAAAAAGUGCAAGCGAAACAUGAAAAAGUGUAAACUUUUCACUUUGCACGUUAAAACCCCUUUUUAUUUGAACCCAUCAAGGUUAUCCUCUAUAUAUAUAUAUAGGGUGCGGUUCCAGUAAGAACGAUGCUUAACGUGAGAACGCAUCAAGGUCGUUGAUCUUUGGGAAAUAACGGUCAUAACUUAUAGAGUGCACUCCUAUAUUGUGUGAAUAACGACAUACUAACACAUUCAUAACUAAUAAAUGGCCUUUGAACGUAAUAAGAAAGGGCAAUUACGUAAUGUUAAUUUUUUUACCUUCUAUGAUGAUGACACCCUAUUUGGCAUUUAUUAUCUUGCAACUAUUUUAGUUUCAGGUAUGGAAAGAAUUCAAACUACGUAUAAAUAAUGUGUUUGAUAAAUUUAGGUGCUUAGUACAUUAAAAAUACACGUUACUUUUAUAUUGUUGUAAUUAAUUCAAUUGUUUUUAGUGCUGAAAUAAUUCAAUGUGUUAAUGGUGUAUGUUAUAAGUAUACUUGUGCAACGUGUUGUAGUAUUAGUGUAAAGUGUUGUAUUUCAGUUCUGAAAGGUGUCUUCCUUAAGGGAUUGAGAAGAGGGAUAUCAGGGCUGAACUGAAGUUGUAUACUACCAGAACCUUAGCUGAGGUUAUGGAUCAAGCUUCCCUUAUUGAGAACAAAAAUAAUGAAGCUAUGUUGAUGAAGAACAAAGAAGAAGGAAAGAAAAAGGGGUUAAGUAAGAGCAAUAGUUCAUAUUCUCAAACCAUUUGGGGUGAUGGAAGCAGAUGGAAAAGUAUGACUAACAGUAACUCUAACAUGCCAAAAAGUAACUCAGAUUACAGAAGCAACACUGACAUAAAGGCACCUACUAUGGGUAAAUCUGGUCCCAGGUUAUCCAGGAGUGAGCUGCAAGAAAGAAGUAGGAGAGGCUUGUGUUUUAAGUGUGGAGAGGACUGGAGCAAGGGUCACAUCUGUAAGAUGAAGAACUAUAAGAUGAUUCUAGUGGAACAGUCUGAAGGAGAAGAUGAAUCUGAAGGGGAAUUACUGGAAUCUGAAGAAGAGGGAGAUACUCAUAAACAACUUAAAACAAUGCAACUUUCUGUUUUAAGUAAGGAGGGUUGAUGGGAAACAACAUGUGAACAUUCUGAUUGACAGUGGAGCCACACACAAUUUCAUAGCGCAGGGUUUCAUUGACAGGUGGGGGUACCUUUUAUGCCUAUACAAGGAGUUAAAGUGCAGAUUGGCAAUGGGGAUCUCAUCCAUAAUAAUGGCAGAUAUGAUGGAAUGAAGCUGGAAGUGCAAGGAAAUACCAUACAUCAAUCAUAUUAUAUUCUGGAAUUGGGUGGCACAGAUAUUGUUUUGGGGAUGGCAUGGCUGACUGAGUUGGGCGACAUGGAAGUGAAUUUUCAGAAGCAAGUAAUAAGAUGGAAACAACAAGAAAGGAUAAAUUGUAUCCAAGGGGAAGCAGCAUUGAAUAUUUGGGAGGUUCCAGUGAAAACAAUGCUUCACAUUCUGCAGAAAGAAGGAGAUGUAUAUUUUCUUUAUUAUGAAGGGCAGUUGUAUGGUUUGGAACAGAAUACUAAGGAAGCCAAGGUUUGGGAAGACAUCAUUGCUGAAUUUCCAGAAGUGUUUACUAAUCAGUUGAAGUUUCCUCCUGCUAGAGAUUGUGACCAUGCCAUAAACAUCCAAUAAGGAGCUAGUAUACCAAAUCUGAGGCCCUACAGGUACACUUUUGAUCAGAAAAAUGAGAUAGAGAAAGUAAUUGGUGAAAUGUUAAAAGCUGGUAUCAUUAAGCACAGUAAUAGUCCCUACAACAGUCCUAUCUUAUUGGCCAGAAAAAAAGAUGGUGGUUGGCGAUUUUGUGGUGAUUACAGAGCCCUGAAUAAGAUCACAAUACCUGAUAAGUUUCCCAUACCAGUUAUAGAGGAGUUGCUAGAUGAAUUGGGGGGAGCAAGGGUUUUUUCUAAACUGGAUCUGAAGUCAGGCUACCACCAAAUCAGAAUGAAGGAGAGUGAUACCUGUAAGACUGCUUUCAGAACACAUGAAGAUCAUUACGAGUACCUAGUCAUGCCAUUUGGGUUGACUAAUGCACCUUCAACAUUUCAAGCUCUAAUGAAUGAAGUUUUGAGACCUUUUCUCAGGAAAUUUGCCUUGGUAUUCUUCAAUGAUAUACUGGUUUACAGCAAAACCAAGGAGGAUCAUAAAGAACACCUCAAAUUAGUCCUGGACGCUUUAAAGAGGAAUGACUUGGUAGCAAAUCAGAAGAAAUGUUCCUUUGGUCAAGAGCAACUGAGUUAUUUGGGUCAUAUCAUUUCUGCAGAAGGGGUGGCAGCUGACCCUAGUAAAACUAAGGCCAUGGUAGAGUGGGCUGUACCAAAAGAUUUAAAGGAGUUGGGGUUUUUUUUGGGUCUUACUGGAUACUACAGGAGGUUUGUCAAGGGCUAUAGUCACAUUGCUGCUCCAUUAACACAAUUGCUGAAGAAGGAUGGGUUUAAAUGGAGUGAUAUGGCUACGAAAGCUUUUGUUGAGUUGAAGAAUGCUAUGUCUUCUUUACCAGUGUUGAGAAUCCCUGAUUUCAAUAAAGUUUUUGAGCAAGGAACUAGCACCUAAACAUUUGAGUAAAUCUGUUUAUGAAAAAGAGUUGAUGGCAAUUGUGUUUGCAAUCCAAAAGUGGAGGCCCUACUUACUUGGCAGGAAAUUUGAGGUUCACACUGAUCAAAGAAGCCUCAAAUACUUGACUGAGCAAAGAAUCAUGGGAGAGGAUCAACAAAAGUGGAUUGCCAAGCUAAUGGGAUACAAUUUUAUCAUUAAAUAUAAACCUGGAUGUGAGAAUAAAGCGGCAGAUGCUCUGUCAAGGAAAUCAAAAUUUUCAGCUUUAUCAAUUGUAAAUUGUCAGGAGUGGGAAGGAUUAAAAGAUGAGCUGCUGGAAGAUCCAAAGUGUGCUGAUAUUAUUCAGAAGAUUUUAAGUCAUCCGGAUCAUAUGGCGGAUUUCAGACUGAAGAAGGGGUUGUUAUACUACAAGGGAAGGCUGAUGAUACCCCAAAAUUCCCCAAGAGUGACAAGGAUUCUUCUGGAAUAUCAUGAUUCUGCAACGGGAGGGCAUUCUGGUAAUUUCAGAACUAUGAAGAGGAUCUCAACACUGUUCUACUGGGUGGGUAUGAGGAAGCAGAUACAACAAUAUGUGCAGAAUUGUGAUGUUUGUCAAAGAAACAAGUAUCAGGCCUUGAAACCUGCAGGGUUGUUACAACCAUUACCUAUUCCAGAUUGCAUCUGGACUGAUAUAAGCAUGGAUUUUAUUGGUGGAUUGCCAAAAGCUCAAGGGAAAGACUAUUCUGGUUGUGGUUGAUAGAUUAACCAAAUUUGCACAUUUUAUAGCCUUGUCUCACCCAUUUAAUGCUAAAGGAGUAGCUGAAAUGUUUGUCAAAGAAGUAGUUAGACUCCAUGGAUUUCCAAAAUCCAUAGUGAGUGAUAGAGACAGCAUUUUCUUGAGUUCAUUUUGGUCUGAGUUAUUCAAACUGGCUGGCACACAGUUGAGAUACAGUACUGCGUAUCACCCUCAAUCAGUCGGCCAAACGGAGGUUGUUAAUAGGUGUUUAGAGACCUAUUUGACAUGUAUCACAUGGAAGAAACCUAAGGAAUGGACCAAGUGGUUACCUCGAGCAGAGUAUUGGUACAAUACUAAUUACCAUAUUUCCUUAAAACAAACCCCUUACCAGGCUUUAUAUGGGCAAGAACCUCAACCCAUUGUAAAAGGGGAUGUGGUUAGGACUGCUAAUGAUGAAGUGUCAAGACUGACAGCUGAGAGGAAUGGAAUGUUAGCAGAACUCAAAGAAAAUUUAGCUAUUGCUCAGAAUAAGAUGAAGCAGCAAGCAGACAAACAUUGGAGGGAAAUGAAGUUGGAGGUGGGUGAAAAAGUUUUCCUGAAGAUUCAGCCUUAUAAACUGCAGAGUUUGGCUAAGAGAAUCAAUCAGAAAUUGAGUCCAAGGUUUUAUGGACCUUUUGAGAUCAUUGAGAAGGUGAAUGCUGUAGCUUUUAAACUGAAAUUGCCAGAUGAUUGCCUGAUCCAUCCAGUAUUCCAUAUUUCUUUACUCAAGAAAGUUCUAGCUUCCGAUACUUGCUGUCAACCAUUGCCUAAAUGUUUGAGUGAAAACUGGGAAUUGCUGGUGAAGCCAGAGAAGGUGGUGGAUACAAGGGAGGGAACUGAUGGUAGAACUGAAGUUUUGAUACAUUGGGAAGACCUGCCAGAAUUUGAAAGGUCUUGGGAAGAUGCUCAAGUGUUGAAGACAGUUUCCAGACUUCAAGCUUGAGGACAAGCUUGUUUCUUUGAGGGGGAGUAUUGAUAGGACCCCGGCUAUUAUAAAUAAUAAGAAUAGAUAUGGCUUAGUCUAUUCUAGAAAGAAGAAGUAGUUUAUCUGUUUUUGGCUGGCGGAUAGUUGUUAUGAACUAUUGACUACUUAUAGUUAGGGAGUUGGGACUAUAAAUAGAAUAAACCAGUUAGAAGUUAGGCAGGCUGUUAGAUGCUUGGCUUGGGACUGGGAAGUUAGAGUUCUAUCUCUAGCUUUGGGACUACUGUACUGUGUACCGCCAUUAAUGAAGUUUGGAGUUGUUUUCUAUUCCGUUUUACUGUGUGAAUUGCGAACUGUUCUUAUCACUAAACUGUCUUCGUUUCUUUGUUAUGAAGCAGCAGUCAGUCCAUGCAAUUUUGGACGGGAUUUUCACUAUGGGUCAUCCGGAAACAGUCUCUAUGUUCUUUAGUACAGGGGUAAGACUGCGUACAUCUGACCCCCCCUUACCCCACCGUAGGUGGGAGCCUUUGCGACACUGGGGUAAAUGAAAAUGAAAUGAAAUUGCUGGAGUUGUAGUUAUUUAUUGCAACAGCAAUGUUUUGAGUCAUGAUAACGCUCCUAACAGAUCCGAUCCCUUCCAAACCAUCGUUCUGUGUGAUUUGCACAUUUCAGGGUACACUGACCAAUGAAACAAGGUGCUUAUGUUGUGAGACUAUAACAGCCAGGUAUGAAACGUUUUUUGACUUGAGCCCUGAUAUUGAACAGAACAGUUCAAUUACAAGCUGCCUUAAAAAAUUUAGCUCCACCGAGACUUUGAAUGCCGAAGACAAAUUCUUUUGUGACAAGUGUUGCAGGUGAGAAUUUGUCUGCUUUUAGUUUGUUUAGUUCACUGCAAUCCAACUACAUUGAUAUUUCUGGGUUGGUGACAUGAUAUUUUUAGCCUUCAUUAAUUUUCCAAAAUUAUAUAGCCAAAGAUCACACGUUUACUUCCGUAAUUGUUUGACACUGUAAUUUGCGACCUGUCUUUCAUGAUUUAUAAAUUCAGUCCAUCACUUGUUAAAAUAGGCAUAGAAUUAGCCCAUCCUGUUAAAAUAACCAUUUAGCAUCAAUGCUUAUGGGGAUGUUCUUUGCAAUAUUACACAUGUGAAUGCCCCUAUAAACCUUAAUAUUUGAUGGUGUAAACAGUAUUAACAUAUGGACUCAUUAUCUCAAUUGUAAAAAUUGAUGAUGUAGGUUUAUAGUCCAAGAGCCAGGUUCUAGAUUACACAAUUUCAAACCGUUGUGGGACUAAAGUCCAACUUUUGAAAAUUACACACACAUGUUUGUGUGCAGUUCUUUACUGGCUCUUAAAUACACACACACACACAGAGACCAAGAGAGAGAGAGGAGUUAUUCAAAACCUACCAUUAGGGGGCUUACAAAACCCAUCGCCCCCAUGAAAUUACUAACAUACCCUUGAGAGAGGGAGUGUAUGAUAAGGCGGUAAAUUAUAGACCACCCUAGGGGCAUGUUAAGGGACUGUAGGUGCUCUAAAAGGGGUUAGAAAUUUGAGCACCAUGGGGUUUUGUAUGAGAGAGAGAGAGAUGCGAAUACAUUUUUUAAAGUUACACGUGCUCCCACAUGUGGGUGGUAUAUUUUUUGUAUGACCAUUUUAGGGCAGUGUUUGGGAAGGCUGGUGCUAUAAAGAAGAGUAUGUUUGAAAAUGAAGCUUGCAGGAGGCACAAAAGAGAAUGAAGAUAAAGAAGGUGCCGCAGGUCCUAGUGAUCCAUCUCAAGAGAUUCAAAUACAUAGAACAACUAGGCAGGUAUAAGAAGCUGUCGUACCGAGUAGUCUUCCCUCUGGAGCUGAAGCUGAGCAACACAGUGGAGGAGGUGGACACGGAAUACUCCUUGAUUGGGGUUGUGGUCCAUGUGGGGACAGGCCCCAACCACGGUCACUACGUCAGCCUUGUGAAGAGUCAUAACCAUUGGUUGUUCUUCGAUGAUGAUAGCGUGGAGAUGAUUGAUGAGUCAGCUGUUCAAACUUUUUUUGGAUCGGCCCUGGACUACUCCAGCAAUACUGAUCAUGACUAUAUUCUGUUUUAUGAACGGGUGUGUUCUGGUUCUGCCCCUGGCCAAUAAAAUAAAUUAUGGCGCUGUUUUUUCCCUUUUAGCAGCCAUGCCCCCAAUUUAUUCCAAAUGCUUGUUUUGUGCGUGAUAUAUACACAGUUCUCUGCUGCUCUUUCUUUCCCUGUACAACAACAAUGGUGGGUGCCUGGGUGGAAUCGAAGUUAACCUUUCUCUUUCUUUUCCGCCAAUAAAAUGGGAAAUGAGGUAGAUAUAUGCUAUGCGUGGAUUCAAAGCAAGUGUUUGUAAACUACCAGCAGAACACGUCCUGAGAGGUGCAGUGGAAGUAAAUUACGUUUGUCAACUUAUGGAGAAAAUAGGCUCUCCAUCCACCUUCUGUGUAACAAAUUAUGUUUUUUUUAUGUCAAGAAAAAUAUGGUCCAUAUCAUUUCACUUUAUUAUACUCUAACUUUAAUCAAAAUCUUUACUUUUUAACCAUUUUA